UGUUGUACAAGAAGAAGUUUUUCUGCACCUAUUGUUGAAAAAACCAUUGUAUUAAAAAAGUUUUUGCAACAUGUACAGGUUGAUCUGGUUUUAUUUGAGAAAUAUCCAGAUAAGGAAUAUCG